AUGGAUAUAGAAGAAGAAAAAGAAACCCAGUUCUUUGGAGUCUUUAAAGAAUCAUUGAACACAGUUUCUUCGCGGAGAAAAUUUUUCGGCCUAAUUACCUUGAGCUUAAUCCUCCCUCUCUCCUUUUUCUACAUAGGCCACAUCCAAAUUUCAACACUUCUGUUUACAGAUAUACUGCUCAAUGCACACAUAUUGGAGGGAUCCUCAUUAUAUAAUGAUAUUUCAUGUAUUCUAUCGACCAAGUGGACGACCUUUUUUUUGUUCAAGAUUGGCUACUCGAUUUUCUUUAUCAAUCUUGCCCUUCUUUCGACAUCUGCAGUGGUUUACACAAUCGCCUGCAUUUAUACUGCCAAAGAAACUAGCUUGAGAAAGUUCAUGAGUUCGGUUCCAAAGGUUUUGAAGAGGCUUAUGGAUACAUUCAUCUGGAAUUUCGUUAUUCUUUUGGCUUACAAUAUCAUUGCAUUCUUGAUCUUCAGUUUUGGUGUUGUUUUGUUCGGUUCAUAUACGUAUACUCUGGCGAUUUUCGUUAUUAUGCUUGUCACUGAAUACUUGAGUGGACUGGUAACUAUCACCAUAAUUUGGCAUUUGGCCACUGUCAUUUCAGUUUUGGACGAAUGGCCAAAACUCAGGCUCUGA